CUCGAAGUUCCUGGUCUAUAAGAAGCAGGACAUUUCCAGCUGUGUGUCACAGACAAUGGAUCACUUCCACAAACACACCGACCGCUUUCCAUUUUGUUCAGAUGAACUACAAUGACGGCGCAAACAAGGAACAGACUGUUGCUGAAAUGCCAAAUCAAAGAGACGACGCCGCUGAUGAUUCCCCCGCUGACCUUCCUUCUCUGGAAAAACUUGACUCUCCUACGGGGAGCCCACCCACUGCCUCAUUAUCCAGUCUGAUGGAGCUGGAAAAUUGUGUUUCCAACCUGAGCCUUGCGCAUGAGAUAGUGGUGAACAGAGACUUCUGCUUCCAACCGAAGAGUCCUCCUACAGACAGCCUUGAGGGCAGAGUGACGGAGAUUGUUCACCGGGCAUUUUGGGACAGUCUUCAAGAGCAGCUGAACAGUGAUCCGCCAAACUACAAUCAUGCUGUCAUUCUGCUCCAGGAAGUCAAGACUAUGAUUCAGUCCCUGCUGCUGCCCGGUCACGUCAGACUGAGAGCUCAGCUGGACGAGGUGCUGGACAUGGAGCUGAUCCAGCAGGAGGUCGAUAAUGGAGCUCUGGAUCUCCACAGACUGGCGGGAUACAUUAUCAACACCAUGGCAUCUCUAUGUGCACCCGUGCGUGACCCACAGAUCAGGGCACUGCGGGACCUCGAGGAUCCCGUGGACCUUCUGAGGGAGAUCUUUCGUGUCUUGGGCUUGAUGAAGACCGACAUGGUGAACUUCACCAUCCAGAGCCUGAGGCCUCACCUCAUGCAGCAGGCCGUGCAGUACGAGAGGGCCAAAUUCCAGCAGAUUCUGGACAAGCAGCCAGCUUCUCUGGACAAUACCACUGCAUGGCUUCAGGCAGCAGCAUCAGAAGAGGUGGCGGCCGUCACUGCUCGGUCUGAGUCUUCCAGUCCUGACAGUCGAGGUCCUGUCAGCGCCACCGCUGUCCUUAACCGGGCCUACAUGAGCCUGCUACACUGGGAGCCACAAGACCAAAAAUAUCCCGAGACGGUGCUGAUGGACCGAGCCCGUCUGGACGCUCUGGGCCAGCGGCUCCAGAUGCUGGUCCUGGAGGCAUCGGUGCUGCUCCUGACCAACGCUCAGUGUGGGGGCUCUGUUUUCUCUCUGCAGGGGUGUGUAGGUAAACUCAGGCAGACCAUCGCUGCCCUGCUGGAGGGCAGUCACGCCAGGGAAGCUGAUCUUAAGGGUGCGCUGCUGGGGCUCGGGGAGACAGUACUGCAGCAAGUGACCGAAGCUCUGAGGGCCCAGGGAGGAGCAGCACUGCCUCGGGAGAGCCUGGAUCUGCUGAAAGGACAAAUAUCUGAGCUGUGGAAGCAGAACCACCCUGUCCGCACACUCAUAGGAGAAAGGGUGCAGGUCUUCCUUCAGGCCAUGCUGCAGGGCAGCCCCACUAAAAGGAGUCCAGAGCUGCCCGCUCCCCUCAGGCUGGUGAGUGCAGAGCUAGCCGAGAUGGGGACAGCCUUUGGGCGAAUCGUCCACUUCAACCGAACAGUCUUCGGUCCCUUCUAUGCACCCAUCCUCAGAAAACUGCUGUUCCCACCAGCAGAAGCCGAGACUGGGGACGAUUCACGCUAAGCUGAGGGCAACCAAACAACCUCUAGUGACCUUAACAUAAGCUGCAAUUUGGCAUUGAGUGUGUUGCUUUAAUGUAAAUACAGUGAACGUCAAAGUUUAAUAGAAAAAAACAUUUAGUUUGCACAAGAAAAAAAAUUGUAUAUUAUUCUAUAUUUUUUUAGGUAAACAAAACAAGUCUAAAUCAAAGCAUGAGGCAGGUGCUGAAUCAUUACAUUACAUUAUGAAAAGCUAAUAGAUUGUGUGAAACAAAAUGAGUAAUAGUUUUGCCCUUGACAGGAGUAACAAAUAGUCUGUAGUGUUUUAAUGGGAAAACUCAGUAUGAGUCAUAACAAGAGACUGAUUGUGAUUCUGAAAUGGUUUUGAGUUGGCUGGAAAACAUAUUUGUUGGUUUUCACACCCUCAGGAAAAGCAUUAAGUACCAAAGAUUAUGCUAAUAGUUUGUAAAUAAUAUUCCAGUUUUAAAAUGUAGCAGUUUUUUUUGUUUGUUUGUUUGUUUUUUAUGCUGACAGAUGUUUGUAUAUAACUUACCAAAGACAGUGUGGACUUCUUUUCUUUGCACCUUUAUAUAAACCAAAAAUAUACUCUUUGUUAUACACCUAUGUUGGUGGGUAGUUUUUCAAACAGUUGCCUUUUGUAAAUAAAUACCAAAUUAAUUGUCA